CUAAAUUCCGGAACAGGAGCGUCUCAGCAUCCAUCAUUACCACGGCUGCUGAAAACCACGUGACACCGCCGUCAGCAUGGUGAUGGCGAAAUGUGAGAAAUGGCUCGAAAAUGGGAAACAGAAGGGGGUGACCAUGUCCUGUCAUCUGUCCAAAUACACCCCCAUCUUCCUGCUGCUGGCACUGUCCGGCCUCAUCUUCCUCCUGCGCAACAUCGUCACACUGGAGAAUCUGAACUGCCAAACGGUUUCAAGGCUCUACCAGUUUCAGAGCGGGCUUCAUUCUACCUUCACCCAGGAGGAAACGUCGCCGCUGUACCACAACCACAGCUUCUGCAGCAAUCUGGGCCAGGAGCCGUCUCCCGGGGAAGCCCUGGAGGAGCGCUACCUCCUAGACUCUAUUUCAUGGCCUGAACCUCUAGCCCAUCCCUCCUCCUCGCUGAUCCCCCUGCGGCAGACGAGCGACCCCGUGCACAGCCUUUUCGCCAUCCUGCCGGCAGCGGGAGGAAGGCGGGAGUGGCAUGUCGGGGACCAGCUAGAGGUGCUCGUCCAAAUGCAUGACUUCCAGGGCCGUCCCAAGCGCUAUGGGGGUGACUUCCUGGUGGCCCGCCUGCACUCACCGGAGCUCACUGCCGGGGUGGCGGGCCGUGUUCUGGAUCACCGGAAUGGGUUUUAUUCCGCUCUCCUGCCGCUCCUCUGGGAGGGUUCAGCUCGGGUCGAGGUGACGCUGGUGCACCCCAGCGAGGCGGUGGCUGUGCUGCGAAGACUGAGGGAGGAGAGACCGGAUCGGGUGUUUUUCAAGAGCCUGUUCCGCUCCAACUCCCUGUCUGAAACCACGGUGUGUAACAUGUGUCUGUCUCCCAGCCAGCAGCCGCUGUGCAACUACACUGACCUCUACUCAGGGGAGCCCUGGUACUGCUACAAGCCCAAAAUGCUGAGUUGCAACACCAGAAUCAAUCACGCCAAGGGAGGCUACCAGAAACACCUCAUCACUAACAAAGAAGCACUGUUCUUCCAGAGCGGUGUAAACCUCAAAGUUCCAAUUCACGCUUCAGGAUCAGACAGAAUCAAUGUGCUACCAAAGAUGAAGGAUAAACCAGAGGUAGAAAGCAGCAGCACGCAGUCUGAGCCAGUUAAAGUCAUACCGUCUGGAUAUUACUACGGGGGCUCGUGGAAGCCGCUGGCUGGGGUCACGAUGCACCAGUUCAAUGACUCCUCCGCCAUCAUUCAGUGUCUGAAGGGCAAAGUGGUCAACAUGUAUGGGGACUCCACCGUCAGACAGUGGUUUGAAUACCUCAACGCCUUUGUACCAGAAUUAAAGGAGUUCAACCUGCAUAGUCCUAAAAACAUCGGGCCCUUCAUGGCAGUGGACAGCACGCACAACAUCCUCCUGAAGUACCGCUGCCACGGUCCGCCCAUCCGCUUCUCCACCGUCGCCUCCAGCGAGCUGCGCUACAUAGCGAACGAGUUGGACGGGCUGCCGGGGGGCCCAGACACCGUGGUGGUCCUCAGCAUCUGGGCCCAUUUCAGCACCUUCCCCGUGGAGGUAUACAUACGCCGGCUGCGUCACAUCCGGCGGGCACUGGUGCGACUUCUGGACCGGGCCCCGGGGACCGUCGUGGUGAUCCGCUCGGCCAACUUCCAGGUGCUGGACCAAGAGGUGAGUCUAUACAACAGCGACUGGUACUCGCUGCAGCUGGACGCCGUGCUCAGGGCCAUGUUCAAGGAAAUGGACGUCCUGCUGGUGGACGCCUGGGAAAUGACGCUGGCGCACUACCUCCCUCACGCCCUCCACCCGCCACCAGCCAUCAUCAAGAACAUGAUAGACAUGCUGCUGUCUUACAUUUGUCCUGAGAGGAAGAGGAACUGA